UGAACUCUAAUGUUUGCAAACUGAGGAAGUAGGCAUGUUUAAUCGAGUUAAAAAUGCCUUGUAUAAUGUUGUCGGAGGAAUAGAAAGUUUUCCAGCUAUUAAAGAUGGUGAACUUAAUGAUAGGCCGCCCUUAAAAUUUCGAUAUACUCGUCCAACUUUCCUACAACUAACAACAGAUGAUGAAGUACAAGUUUCAGCGGACCAUGUAAUACGACCCAUAAUUGUUCCAAGAGACAUUACAAAAUUGCCUUGGAACUCUGGUUAUGCAGAAGCAAUCAAUGCUGGGAAAAGUGUUAGAAAUGAAGAUCAAGGUACAACAAUAAGAGGAGUUUUAUAUACAUCUUCUGCCAUUUCGGUCAAACAUGAUAUGACUGUGCCACAAAAUCCUGUGAAAGAUAAUGCUAAAGAAAGCAAUGUGGAGUCAAAUGAGACUGAAAGUGCAGAAUCUAAGUCAGAAACAGAGUCUCCUAUUCCUAAUAGUGUAAAUAAUUCAGAUGAUCCUAAAUUCACCACACCACCUUCUACACCUGAACAGCCUCGUAAAAUUGUGCUAGACCAUACCAUUCCAUGGAUUUAUUUUGCUUUGUUUGAUGGACAUGCUGGGUCUGGUGUUGCUGUGUCUGCAUCAAAUACCUUGCAUAAAAUAAUACAAGAAAAAUUACAAGAUGUGGCUGACUUACUAAUAAUGCCCCAAGCUCAGUUGAAUUUAGUUGCAAAAGGAGGUAAUGAAAGAAAUAUCUCACAGCCUCCUGGUUUUCAAGGCUUUUCUUCAAACAGAGAUGUUACUCCUGAUUCUUUAAUAGCAGGUGCUUUAGAAUCGGCAUUUUGGGACAUGGACAGACUCAUUUCCAUUGAUAAAAAACAUUACACAAUGACAGGAGGCUGUACUUCUUUAGUUGCUGUUUUUAUGUUUGGCAAACUUUUUGUAGCUAAUGCCGGAGAUAGCAGAGCUGUUCUUUGUCGUGGUCCCAAAACUUUCCCCAUGUCAAAUGAUUUUACGCCUGAAACCGAGAGAAAUCGGAUACGUAAAUUGGGGCAGUUGCGACCUGAACUUCUUGGAGGAGAAUUUACACAUUUAGAAUUUGCCCGACGUCCAGCCAGGAAAGAUUUGGGAGAUAAAAUAUUGUACAGAGAUGCUUAUAUGACAGGAUGGUCUUAUAAAUCAAUCACUAUGGAAGAUUUAAAGUUCCCUUUAAUUUAUGGAGAAGGGAAGCGAAGUCGUGUGCUUGCAACAAUUGGUGUUACAAGAGGAUUUGGUGAUCAUGAUCUUAAAGCUUUGAAUACAGAUAUAGAUAUCAAACCAUUUUUGUCAUGUGAACCGGAAGUAAAAAUCUUCAAUCUUCUUGAAGAAGAAUUGACAGAUGCAGAUGUUCUUGUUAUGGGCACUGAUGGUUUGUGGGAUGUUACUACUAAUGAAAAAGCAGCUGAGGUUGUACAAAAGUCUCUAGAUCACUUCCCUGCUAACGAUGCUCAACGAUAUAAAUAUAGGUAUACUUCUGCAGCUCAAGAUCUUGUAAUGCAUUCAAGAGGCAAGUUAAGGGAGAGGAAUUGGCGAACUGCAGACAAUAAAUUAGCUACCAUAGAUGACAUAAGCGUCUUUGUCAUACCUUUACGUCCAUACAAAGAGGAGUACUUACAGUGGGAAAAAAGCAGAGAUGAACUUGCAACCUAUAUGCAGUCACAGUCGCAACUCAGGGUGUUGUGAAGUUUAGCCUGCCGUGAUUUUAUAUUUAAGUAAUGAGAAGUUUACGGUAUUCGACUCUCAUAUUGAGUUUUGUUGUUAAAGAAGUUGUCUCCAGCACAGGGUAUCCAUGUGCAGAUUUAUACACAGUGACUUCAGAAGAAUAACCCAAUUUCUUAAUAUUUUAUAAAUAAACUAUGGAAAAGAAGAGAUAUGAGUUUUUCAAAACAAUCCUAUGUUUUAAGAAAGUUUAUAAAGAGUUACAUGGGAUAUUAAAAAAAAAUUGUGCUGUCUGACUUGCGCUGUUAUGCAUUUAAGAAUGAAUUUUAAAGUAGAAUGAAUGAUUGGUUCUGUGCAUUAGUGAACCAUUUUUUUUUCCUUUUUUUUUUUUUUUUGCUCUAGAUGAGGCUAAAAGUAAUGUCAAUGUGACAGUAAACCAAGUCUUUAAUUCAUUCUAAUGUCAAAGGAUGUCAGCAAGUAAUAAGUUUAUAAACACUUUUUUAAUGUUUUUUUUUUUUUUUUUUUUUGGACAUGGAACUAUUUUGUAAAAAUCAGAUGUCAUUGAUAUGGUUCACUUGAGUUCUGGACCCUUCAUAUGUGUUAAAAGAUAUUUGCUUAGACUUAGAGUUAUGGAGAGUGUGAAAGUAAAUAAACCAAUAAGCAGCACCACUGAUCUUACAACAUAAUUACCCAUUUAAGAAAUUAUAUAGGAUCGAUAAUUCUUCUUGUCUUAAAUUGUAAUAAUAAGUACCUCCGAAAUAUUGCAAGUCUCCCCCCCCCCCCUCUAGAGCUUUAUAGAACAAAAAGUAUAGAUUUUUGUAGCUUUUUAUUUCGACAUGCAUAAACUUAUUUUCAUUAUCCAAGUGCGGCAAAUGAUUCACUUCCAGCCAUUAAAGAUACAUAUUUUAAAAUCAUGACAUUACCUUCUCAUUAGAAUAUUGAAUGUUAGUUUACCUUGCAUGCAUAAACUCAUUCUUUGUGUCCUUUGUCUUAACUUGAAAAAACAAUUUAAGACUCCCAAGAUGAACCUCAUCAGACCACCAAGCAAAGUGAUUUGCAUGUUCCACUUACUUAAUGCAAAAAUAGCUCUACAAAUUGUAUUUAAAUACCAUCUGUAAUUUGUUAUCUCCUUGUGAUAGUGAAAAAGGAGUUGGCAAUCAAUGUCUGAUCAGAGCCCUUAGUUUUAACAUAUAUUGCCGAUCCUAAUUUAACGCUCAAGUUUAUACAUUCAAACCUGUUUUUGUGCUGUUUUUACUUUUGUGCAAUUUAGCGGUAAUUUCUUUUGCAAAACUUUUCACAGCUACCCGUGAAGUUUUCAACAUUUUUUACGGUCCUUAUCCACCUCACAAAAACAUGUUUGAGUGUAUACAUAUAAGGAAUGUUAAGAACCUCCUCCCCGGAAAGUUAAUUCUGGAUGCGCUAGUGCAUUAUCUGAAACUUACUACUGGAUUAGAAAAGAGUUAAUAUUUUGAAAUUGGAUUAUUCAUUUCUGAAUGAGUUGAUCCUUUUGUGUUAUGUACAGGGUUCGUACGGGUCAUGGAAAUCCUGGAAAGUCAUGGAAAAAAAUAACAGAAUUUCAGACCUGGAAAAGUCAUGGAAAAUUGAAAUUUUCAUUGAAAGUCAUGGAAAUUUAUUUCAAGUCAUGGAAAAAUGUCUUGGACAAAGAGAAAGGAACAGUAGCUAAAAGAGCAUUAGAAAUCUUGAGUGAUUUAACAGUAUAGUACAUAAAAAUUAUUGAAAGUGGAAAAUUGAACGUUCCAAAAAUCAAAUCUGAAUUUUGAAAUCUCAUUGCAUCCACUUCUGUCGCAGCCGCUUGCCAUUUUUUGCGAUGUGAUUUUAUUGCCUGGACAUUACUUAUUUUGAAUUUUCUGUUAUUUUCAGCACUUCUUAUGUUUCAUAUUCUGUAGUAGAAAAAUUUCACGUUCUUAGUUUUGCCAUGCCCACUCAAAAAAAAAAAAAAAGCAAGUCAAUUGCAUGCAAGUUCGCUUCCUUCACUCGUAAGGACUUUAUUAUUAAAUUUAUCGGAGUUUAUCUUAAUUUGUUGAAUGUUUUAGAAAAUAAAGAUCUUAAGUCAGGCGAUAGAAUACAGAAAUAGAGGAAUUCUAAUGCUCUAAAAUAGUAGUUCCCAAUCCCAACAUACGGCACGCAAAACUAAUCCUUGCGACCCACUACUACGUUCAAUGUCAAUUAAACAUGUUCUGGAAUUUCUGAACCUAUUAAUU